GACUUGAUCAUUAAGUGAAAAUCGAAUAUGCUGAGACCAAAUAAGGCUGAAAAAUCAUUUCUGCACAUAUUAAUCUUUCAAGCACUGGAAAAAACUUUAGAUGCAUAAAUCUGUAACGAACAUUCUUCAAGACCCCUGAAAGCGGAAAUAACAGCAAUUUCGUGAUCCCAUUUUCAACUACCACCAAGUUCGAGGUCGAAUGACCGGGUGGCUUGAAAGAACACAUUUCGCAACUUCGCCCCAUCCUCUUGAAUUGUUGCGCUGCGAUUCCUAGAGCACAGCAAACAAUGGCUUCAAGCAGAUUUGGACCUUCUUCUUUACACCAGCGCGAUCCGAGGAGCGCGCUCUUCGAAGGCUAUAACGGCGGCGGCGGAAGCAGUAAUGGGAACGCGAGAGGUAAUGGAAGUGUGAGCCCGAAUCGCUAUGCUGGUGGUGGAUAUGGUUACUCGGGUGGAAAUGGCAAUGGGAGUGCUGGGAGUUUGGGGGUAGAGCAGCCUGGGUACAGACCUGCGACGCCGAAUAAAAGAGGCCAAUACAGCGAUGCAGUCUUGAAUGAAUUAGAAAGCCAGAAUGAUGGACAAGUGGAAGGCAUAAUGGGCAAAGUACGACAACUGAAAGAUAUGACGAUAGCCAUUGGAGACGAGAUCCGCGAAUCCUCAGCUCUUGCCGAGAAAAUGAAUGAUUCUUUCGAUGGCACCAGGCUCAAGUUGAAGGGGACCAUGAACCGUAUGCUUGUUAUGGCUGAGAGAACUGGUGUUGGAUGGAAGGUGUGGUUGGCCUUCUUUGCGGCUGUGGGUUUCUUGUUUUUCUGGGUUUGGAUUUAGAGCGGCGGAAAUUAAAGAAGUCUGCUCUGCACGGAAACAUGUGUAUAUUCAUUCCGGCCUGACAGAGACAGUGGUCUAUUUUUGCAUGGAGGUUCGGCGUCUGGGCUAUCAUAGGGUAUGGGAGUGUAUUUUAGAGGAAGCGAUUUAUUGGAAUGCUGGGCUGCGCGCUGGCUGUUAAUACAUAUUUGAAUCUUCUGCUUGGGU